CACAUGAGAGCAAAGAAGUUCCAUAGAACUUGAGAGAAGCAAGUAGUGGAUUGAGAGUUGAGACUCCCUUUGUGAUCAAAAUAAAUUAGCAAGAAGAGUAUUCAAACAUGGUGGUUGCAACCAACAACAGCUUCCCUGGUUCCAAUGGCACUAUUUUCUCACCCAAUGACAUCAUCGACCUUGAGAGGGGUGAUCCAUUGGUGUUUGAGGCAUACUGGAAGAAGAUGAGUGAAGCUUGCACAGUGGUGAUAAAAGGGUGGGAGCUGAUGAGUUAUCUGAGUGAUGAUAAGAACGUGUGUUGGUACAUGUUGCCAGAAUUUGGAGAAGCUGUGAGAAGGCUCCACCACGUAGUUGGAAAUGCUGUGACACAAGAGAGGCACAUAGUAGUGGGGACUGGAGCCACACAACUCUUCCAAGCUGCUCUCUAUGCUCUCUCUUCUGACUCACAGGCUCCUCAACCCAUCAAUGUUGUGGCUGCUGCUCCAUACUACUCGGAAUAUCCAAGUGAGAUUGAAAUUUUGCGUUCAAAGCUGUAUCAUUGGGCUGGUGAUGCUGCUUUGUAUGACAAAAAUGAACCCUACAUUGAGGCAGUAACCUCCCCAAACAACCCUGAUGGGGUUAUUCGAGGACCUGUGGUGAAAUCUGAAGCUGAAGGGAAACAGGUUUAUGAUUUUGCCUAUUACUGGCCACACUACACUCCCAUUACUCACAAAGCUGAUCAUGACAUCAUGAACUUCACAUUCUCCAAGUGUACUGGUCAUGCUGGUUCCCGUAUAGGGUGGGCCAUCGUGAAGGACAUUGAAAUUGCUAAGAAGAUGACUCGGUAUGUGCACAUGAACUCCAUUGGUGUGUCAAAAGAAUCCCAAAUUCGUGCUGCUAAGAUCAUUGGAGUGAUUUGCGAUGGCUACCAAAACUUUGGAUCCAUGGAAUCUGAGCUCUUCUUUGAAUAUAGCAAACGCAUCAUGAGGGAGAGGUGGGAGAAACUCUUGAAAGUUAUUGAACAAUCCAAGGUCUUCACUGUGGCCAAGUUCCCAACAUCCUACUGCAAAUUCACUAAUGAGUCAUCUGAAUCAAACCCUGGUUUUCUAUGGUUGAAGUGCGAUGAGAGCAUAGAAGAUUGUACUAGUUAUCUGAUGGCAAAAUUGAAGGUUCGUGCAAGAGGAGGACAACGAUUUGGUGCCAGUCCAAAGUAUGCUAGACUUAGCGCCAUUGGAACAGAAGAUGAGUUCAAUGAAUUGCUGAAAAGGCUUUCAAAUGCUGAUUAGAUAUGAAUUGGAAAAAUGUCAUGUAGCGCUAUGGAUCCAGCACCCGCCUGAUCGCAAAUAUUAUAGUUUUUAGUAUGUGAUAAAGGAUGAGUGCCAUAGAAACUGAAUAAACAAUGUUACAAAGACAUUUCAUAUA